AUGCUCUUAAAAAAUACAUUACUACUUAAGAGGUUCUUGCAAUGUGUACACUUUAAUGUAACUUUCCCUUUUAAACACGGGAAGGGGAAUUCCCGUAUAUCCAAGCGACAUUACUCCAUUGAUGGGGUAUCUGAAAAAAAGGGGGCACAUGGUGGAGCUCCAUCCUUUAGGGGUGAAAUCGGGGGAGGUAAGGGAAGGGAUGAUGCAGGAACUUUAAACACAUUGCAGUAUCAUCAACAUGUGGAAUAUAGGAGUGGCGCAUCUGGCCGCACAUUUGACCAAACAUUUGACCGAACAUUUGACCGAACCUUUGACGACACAUUUGAGGAUGGAUAUUCUUGCAUAUAUGAGGGGGAGGCAGGCGGAGAUGCAGAGAACCUGGGCACUGAUGAACCGUAUGUGAACUUAAACCAAGUUAAUCGUGAAGACGACGGGGAUGAAUUCCCGCCGGGUGAAGAUGAAUCCCUGAGGGGGGAAGAAGACGGAGAAGAAUUCGAAGACGACAUAGACACACUGCUCUUCACGAACAACCUAAACUCCAGCCUAAUUGGGAACCUUUGGCAUGCUUCUGCCAAUAGCGUAUAUAGGGAGUCGUGGAAAAAUGCCCAUGUGAACAAGGAAGGCAGCCCAAUCAUUGAAGGACCUUUGCAUAGUUACCCCAAUGAAAGGGAAAACCAGAAUUGCGUCAACGAAAAAGCUAUUCCCUUAGAAGGAAAAAAAUACGACAUGUCCUACACGAAUGCGCAGGAUGCUACGGAGGGAAAGGAAAAAAAAAUUAGUAACGCGCAUGAACACUCAGAGGAGGAAGUAAAAAACGGGAAAAUAAAUGACGCCCACAUGGAGGGGAUCAACCUAUCGGAGGUAAUUAAGGCAAACGGCAAAAUUGCAGAAUGGAGUGGAAAGAACAAAGUGGACUCCUUUAUCAACGAAAUAUACAAAGAGGAACAGAAGGAAGUUGAAAAAAUGAAAGAAUUUUUUGAAAAAAAUGAAAAAAAUCUGAUGAAGUUUAGAAACUCCAUUUUGUGUAAAUUAAAAAUAUCGCAAGAGUUGCCAAAAAAAUUCAAACAUUUGAGCAAAGACACAAAUAUAUUUAAUAAUGAAAAUGCAAAAGAAAAAUAUUACAAGAAAUUAAUUGAUUCUUUAAAUAAGCAAAGUACCCAAGAACCUCCUCGUCGUAAACACAAGUUUGCGAGAAAUGUAAAUUAUGACCAAAUGGAGACUAUAAAAAUAUUAGACAUUGACAGUGUACCCCUAGACGUUUUAAAUAACCUGUUUGCCUAUAAAAUUGUAAAAAACUGCAGUGCGGAAUUGUGCCUAAAAAUAAUAAGCAGAAUAGGAAUGUAUAGGGAUAAGUACUCUCAAGUGUCAUACGAAAAUAUGAUAAAUUAUUUGGGCCAAACGAUAAACCAUAACAGCAAUGCGGAAAUUAUUGCCCUCUUUUCAAGGUGCUACGAAACUGUGAGUAUCCCAUUUUUAGUGAAUUUUGUAAGGAAGUAUGCAACGUUUUCCAGAUCCUUUAUUGUCAAUAUGUAUGAUAAAUACUUCCGAAAAAGGCUCUUCGACUUUGUACGCUAUGAAAACAAUUUUGGAAUAAGAAAAUUACCCAACAUUUUGACCCACCCAUAUCAUCUGUCAUCUUAUAUAAAAUUAUUGGGAGAAUGUUCUGCGAAAAAAGACAUGUACAUACAGCUAAAAAUGAGGGGACAUGUGCCGCACUGGGCUAAUUUGAAUCAGCAGGGGACAGGAAGCGAAAUGGAUUGCCUACCUGGGGGGAUGAACUCCCUACCUGGGGGGAUGAACUACCUACCGGGGGGAAUGAACUACCUGCCGGGGGAGGAGAAUCACCCAAAGGCCAAAAAGAUCACCAUAACGGAUGAUAAAAAGAAAUUCGUGAAAAAAAAAAACUAUGUCGAAAGACCAAAAAUGUAUGACGUUAUUUUAUCAGCAGAAUAUACAGGGCUACCCAUUGAACAUUUUAUUGAAAAGGAGGAGAACUUCCUACAUGUUGAUACGGGCAAGGAGAAGCAGUUACAACAAAAUAGCCCCAAUUUGUUAAGCCAUCCAGGUGAAGCAUCUUUAAAUGGUAGACUACUCAAGGAGGGAGGAAACGAAAAUGACAUAGACAAUUUGUCCAUUUACACGGAAGAUCCAACGAAUGGCGCCAAAGCAGAAGUUAUCAGCGCCAUUAAAAGUAUUGGCCAACAUGAAGGAAAUCCCACACAUCAUAUUAAAUGCGAAACCCAAACAGAGGAAAGACCGAGUGAAAAUAUCAACUUCACCAUGGAGGAGGAAUGCGAUGUUUAUGUAUAUAAAGGAUUUAGUAAAUUAAAUGAAUCGUCCCUAAAAUUACAAACCAUGUUAGUAAAAACGGAGGACGAGUGUUCAAAUGAGUUAGCCCUGUGCCCCAGUCAAGGAGAGCACUAUGAAGAAGUGGACAAGGAACAAAAUGACCAAGCCCUGUGGGAAUUGCCAUGGAAAACCAGAAGAAAAAACUCCUUCUUUUUUAAGGGGCGUUUUUUUAAGGUCCUCCCUAAUGAAGGUUGGUCAGAAAUUAAGGAUAUAUCAAAUCAGUACAUACGACCGAAGAGGAAAAGAACAAAACAUUCUAUCAGGAGAAGGAGGUUUUUACAAAAAAAAAUUAAAAUUAAUUUGUUUAAAAAAAAAAUUUUACAAAAAUGA